AUGGUUAAAGAAAAAGAGCUAGAUCAUUUAAAUAGGAGUCAAAUAAUGCAUGAGCUUUUAUUGUCACUAAACAUUAAAGGGAAGCCAGCACACGGGGUCAUCAAUGAAAUUGCCAAGAACUACGAUCUGCAUAGGAGGACAGUAGGAAGGAUAUGGAGACAGAUUCGGGAUCAAAAAAAGAAUAAUCAAGUACCAAUUAAUGUCAACAACAAGAAGAAAGGCAGCAAAGCAAGGACAUUCAUCCCCUUUGAUGAAAAAAAGUUCAAGUCAAUUGAAAAAGCGAAGAAGACAAGUUUAGCAGCACUUUGCAUUUUAGAUGAGCAAACAAACAACUUCACAUUUAAUGACAUGUCAAAUGUAGUGCACAUAGAUGAAAAGUUGUUUUACAUUACAAGGACACAACAAACAUUUUAUCUGACUCCAGAUGAAAUAGAGCCACAUAGAGAAAUCCAAUCUAAAAGAUUUGUGCCCAAGAUCAUGUUUAUGUGUGCGGUUCCAAGACCAAUCUUUUCUAGUGAAGGUGAGAUGAUUUUUGAUGGAAAGAUGGGCUUAUUUCUUUUUUCUCAUGAAGUAGCAGCACAAAGAAGUUCAAAAAAUAGGAAGAGACGAGAGUCAGAAACCAAACCAAUACAAUCAAUCACUAAAGUACACACAAGAGAUAUGAUUGUGCACAAGAUACUACCAGCAAUUAGAAGUAAAUGGCCACCACAUUUAAGCAAAACAAUAUUCAUUCAACAGGACAAUGCUAAGCCACACAUUUUAGAUGAUGAUGUAGUGUUUAGAGAGGUGGCAACACUUGAUGGAUUUAGCUUCCACUUAGUGCAACAACCUCCUAACUCACCAGAUAUGAAUGUGCUUGACUUAGGGUUUUUUAGGUCAAUACAAUCGUUACAACAUCAAAAAUUAGCAUACAACUAUGACAGUAAGUAA